AUGAUUAGAACAAUCAAACCAAAGAAUGCUCGCUCAAAGAGAGCGUUAGCCAAGAAAGAGGCCAAGCUUGUGGAAAACACCAAAUCAGCACUCUUUGUGCCGGGAGCAACUGGAAACAAAUUACUCCACGAUGCUAUGUGUGACCUUAUGGCCCUCAAAAAACCAUUUGCCAAAAAAUUUACCAAAAAGAACGCCAUCAGACCAUUUGAAGAUGCCUCGGAAGUAGAGUUCUUUGCAGAACGUAACGACUCUUCUUUAUUGGUUUUUUCUUCCCACAACAAGAAAAGACCAAAUACAUUGAUUUUCACUCGUUUUUUCAACCAUAAAGUAUACGACAUGCUAGAGUUACUGAUAAUGGGCCAACCAAAACUUAUUCAAGAUUUUAAAAAACUCACAUUUACAAUCGGACUCAAACCAAUGUUUGUAUUCAACGGACCAUCAUUCGAUAGUCACCCAGUUUACCAACACAUUAAAUCAUUAUUCUUGGAUUUCUACAGAGGAGAGGAAACAGACUUGCAAGAUGUCGCCGGCUUACAAUACGUCAUUGCCCUUUCUACAGGUGAGAUUGAAGACUUGAAUAACGACAAGAACUUGCCACCUUUGAACUUUAGAGUAUACAGAUUAAAGACAUACAAAUCUGGUCAAAAAUUACCCCGUGUUGAACUCGAAGAAAUUGGACCAAGAUUCGAUUUCAAGAUUGGAAGAAGAACAGAACCUGCACCAGAAGUAGAGAAGGAAGCACACAGAAAACCUAAACAGUUGGAAGCUAAAGAAAAGAAGAAUGUCACAACUGAUUUCAUGGGUGAUAAGGUGGCCCAAGUACAUGUUGGUAAGCAGGAUUUGAGCAAGUUGCAAACAAGAAAGAUGAAAGGUUUAAAAGAAAAAUACGAUCAGGAGAGUGAAGAAGAGGAUGUGUAUGUAUCUGAUGAGGAGUAUUUUGCUGAUGAAGUAGAAGAGCCGAGCUCAAAAAAGAGAAAAGUAUAG